UGUAUUCUGGCUGUGGUGCGAUGUCCACUGGUUUAUGUCUUGGAGCUGCGAACUAUGGUGUUAAGCUUGUAACAAAAUGGGCAGUGGAUUUCAAUAGAGAAGCAUGUGAUAGCUUGAGAUGGAAUCAUCCAGAGACGCAGGUCCGAAAUGAAGCUGCUCAGGAUUUUUUGUGCCUUUUCAAGGAAUGGGAACACCUUUGUGUCUCUUGCUCUGUGAUAACAAAAAACUCAGCACCACAUCCUUGCUUGAAUAUUUGUAAUGAAGAAGAAGAAGAAGAAGGGACUACAAGUGAUACAGACAAUGAAGUAUAUGAAGUUGAACAAGUAUUAGAAAAUUUCUUUGGGGAUCCAAAGAAAACUGGAAAGUCUGGAUUGCACUUCAAGAUACGUUGGAAAGGUUAUGGCGAAGCUGAUGACACAUGGGAACGCAUUGAGGGUCUGAGUGGUUGUGAGCAGAAAAUGAAGGAGUUCAUUGAGAAUGGGUUUAAAGCAAGUAAAGACAAUUAUAUUUGUAAAAUCGUUGAGAUGUUUGAGGAUUUAUUUGGAAUGCGUUAUUUCAUGGCUCAAUGGUUCUACCGAGCUAAGGACACUGUUAUUAAAUCACUUGACAAGUUCAUUGAGAGCAAGCGUGUUUUCUUAUCCGAAGUUAAGGAUGAUAAUCUCAUCGAUUGCCUUGUUCGAAAGUUGAAUAUAGUUUGCUUUCCUCCCAAUGAGAAUAUCAAGUCUAUAGAAAGGAUCCCACUUGAGUGCGACUUUUAUAUUGAUAUGAUGUAUCAUGUACCUUAUUCAACAUUUAUAAGCUUUCCACAUGCUGAAGCUGUCAGAGAAUUGGAUUCAAUUAUGUCUAGUGAAAGUAGCACCGCAGAAAUAAAAGAACAUGUAUACGAAAACACCCUCCUUGAUUUGUAUUCUGGCUGUGGAAUAGGUGAAGGGCAAUCAACCACACGGCCACCUCUUUUUGAUGGAACCAAUUAUACAUAUUGGAAAGAACGAAUGAGAAUCUAUAUUCGUUCCACAAACUUCCAAUUAUGGUUGGUUAUCAAAAACGGGGAAGAGGUGCCAAUGAAGAAAGUUGGAGACAAGUUGAUCCCCAAGACCGAAGACGAGUUUGAUGCCGAGGACAUCAAAAAGGUCGAGAAUUAUGCAAAGGCAAUAAACAUGCUUUAUUGUGCCGUAAAUCCUGAUGACUACCGCAAGAUCUCUUGUUGCUCAACCGCCAAAGAGAUGUGGGAUAAACUUGAGGUGACGUACGAAGGAACAGACCAAGUACGUGAAGCCAAGAUUGACUUCCUCACCCAAGAAUAUGAGAUGUUCAGGAUGAAGGAGCACGAGAAGAUCGACGACAUGUUCGACCGAUUUUCCAAGAUAGUCAACGAUCUCCAUGCAUUGAAGAAGACUUACACCGACAGGGAUCUUGUACGAAAGAUCCUACGGAGCUUGACAUCCGAAUGGCGAUCUAAGGCCGAUGCCAUCUAUGAGUCAAUCGGCACAUCAAAUGUUACCAUUGACGGUUUAAGAGGUAACUUAAAAACCUAUGAAUCUACUAUACUUAACCCGUCUUUGAAUGACCAAAGGAAAGGGAUAGCAUUAAAAGCCAUCAAAGAAUCAACAAUGAAUGAUUCAAGCGACGAUGAUGAAAUCAAGCUUGUCAUGAAGAAGUUUUGCAAACUUCUAAAGAAGAAAGAAAAGGUUGAGGAUGGCCCUAUGUGCUAUGGAUGUGGUGAAGCCGGGCACAAUAAGAAUAAAUGCCCGAAAAGCGGAAGGAAUGCUCGGCACUUCAAAAGGCAAAGGGCAUAUAUCUCUUGGGGUGGCGACUCCGGCAACAAGUCAACUGACCAAGACGAGGAUGAAGCUGCCAACCUCUGUCUCAUGGCACACGAAGACCAAACCGACAAUGUACAAGAGAAGCCACCUUCCCAUCGAUGGGUAAAUCCAAACAUCGCUGGGAAGGCAAACUUGAUUUUCUUCUCGCUUUCUAGUAGCGACUCUCCCAUCGAUGGGUAGUUCAUACCAUCGAUGGGAAGGCAGUUGAAAUUCAAAAUUUAUGGUCGUUGGGCACAGAAUUUAAUGCCCAACAGCCAUAUUUUUUAAAUUCACACGGUUUCAUCUUCCUCUCCCUAUAUAUUCACACCAUCCCUUACCUUCUUAACACACAAUUAACAUCUUAAUUUCUUUCCUUUAGCCUAUUAUACUCAUUCCAUCAAUCUUUCGUCCAAAACGCUUCAAUCAUGACCGGAGGAAAGAAGAGCAAAGCUUCAAAGAAGAAGGCCAACACCGACGCCACGACCUCUUCUUUAUUUUCUCCUUAUUAAAUAUGAUUGUAUUUU